AUUAUGGGACAAAUUGUAUUAUUUCUUUAAAAUAUUUUAGAGUUUUUGUACGGAUGUGAUUGGAGGGAUCCACCAUGGCUCACUUUUUGGAGGAGAAAAACGAGAAGAAAUUGCAGCAUGUGCCAUUAAUAUUAACUCGUACAAAACCUGCUCCCAAAUAGGAAAGAAAAGAAAAGGAUUUUUCAUCGAAGAGAGACUGAGGGAGAGAGAGAGAGAGAGAGAGAUGGGUUACAGUUCGUUGCUGAAGAGCCCCAAGAAAGAAGGAGCAGAAGAAGAACAAGAAGUUCCAAAUUCCAUUUGGGACGAUUUCAAAGCCUUUUUUGAGCUCAGCAAUGAGGAAAAGCUACCGCUGCAGCAGCAGGAGAAUUUUUCCAUCGUCAAUGGCGGUCCACUCAAUUGGGACUUGAUGGAUCAUCAUUCCAACCACCAGUUUUCCCUCUCUGAAACCAAAACAAACCACAGCGGCCAUGGCGAUGGCGUCGAGGCGGAGGUGUUCAGCCGAGUCGUCCCAAAAGCUUGCUCCUUCGACGGCGAUGGCGUUAUGGAAAGCAAGAAGAAGGCUUCGUUGAACUUAAAUCUUAACUACGAAGAGGUUUCGGAAGCAUGGUCCGGCCGUGGAUCUCUCUGGGCCGCCGGCGGUUCUUCUCCUUCCAACCCAACCCACAACGUUUAUAUGGGAGAGGUUCCAAGAAUGGAGGAAGAAAGAACAAGAAGGGUGCUGAGGUACAGGGAGAAGCGGCUCACCAGAUUGUUCUCCAACAAGAUAAGAUACCAAGUUCGUAAGCUGAAUGCCCAGAAAAGGCCCAGAAUAAAGGGGCGUUUUGUGAAGACUGUUUAGCCACAAAGUUCAAAAUAUCUCACCCAAAAGAAAAAACUUUCCUGUGGCUUUCAAUGUCGUGGACCCUCCAGACCCCAACUUGCCAUUAAAGACACGCUCUGGAUUGACCAUUUACUCAUAUCACUCCCUCUGCAAGCAUAUAUAUUAUAGCAAUAGGGCUGCAGAUUUACACAGAACUUUGAUGGGGAUGUGUCGUUUUCGGGUUCGAUUCGGAGGAAGUCCCGAGUUCGAAACGUUUGAAUUUGUAAAACUAAGACCACAUUAGCUUAAUUUGUAUUAAUACUGAGAUUAAGGAGUUUCGUAUGACUGUGUUUAUUUCAA